CGGGAGCCUGGUGUUGGUGACGACCAGCGCCGUCGACGUCAGUAACCAUCCGUCGCUGCGUCUAACUAGUACUAACUUGGAAGAUCGGGGCUUACAAUAUGAGGACAUGUGGUGGGGUCUUCUCCGGUGUAUGCUGUCGGGGCCCAUCUCGCCGGAGUUGGAGGAAGUGGGAAGGAAGGCUGUCCGGAACUGUGGAGGCCGCUUUUUUUGCUUUGUGAAGCUUAUCUUCUUCUUAUGGAACACCGACUGGAGCGUGGAGGCGUGGAGCCAGAUAGCCCAUCAUCCACACCAUCCAAUCUUCCACCAAAUUGUUGAUGAACUAUCAGAGGUACGUAAAAUCAAAGAAGACCUGAACAAUUUUACAGAUAGCGACAAGGCUGUCUUACCCCAUUUUAUCAAAGAUAUUGAUGCACCAACUGGAGUUCAAUUUAUGAAGGAGAAGCUCUUCCCAAAAAGGAAGUUCUUCCCAAAGAUGGAAGUGAUCUCAUUUGUUGGAAUGGCGGGCAUUGGCAAGACAACAUUUGUUAAGAAGGUUUAUGAAUAUGCUAAGAUUUUGUCCCAAUAUGAGAAUAUUGAUUUGCGUUAUUACAAGCACUACGUGUGGCUUACUUUAGGCCCAAAAUAUAAAUCAGAAGAUAUAUUCAUAGAUAUUCUAGCUCAGAUAUUUCCAGACAUUGAUAAAAUGGAAAUCAAAGGAGAUGCAAAACGUGUUGGCAAAUUGAUCCGAGGGUUACAGAACAAGAGGCUCUUGAUUGUGUUGGACAACGUGUGGAGCGAAGCUCCACUGGAGCACUUGGCAAAGUCGUUUCCGAACAUCAAGGGCAGAGCUUUGGUGACUACUAGAAUGGGGAAAGUGGCACGUUCUGAAAAGAUCCACAUUGUUCGUGAAAUGCACUUACUAAGUAAAGAAGAAAGCUGGAAGCUUCUCUGUGAGAAGGUGUUUGUUGAAGAAGAUUACUGCCCUUUUGAUCUGAUGAGAAGUGGGAAGAGAAUUGCAGAGAACUGUGACGGUCUUCCUCUCACGAUUCUAAAAGUAGCCAGCCUCGUGUCCAGAAACCUCACCGCGGAAUACUGGGACGAUGUAGCAAAAAAGAAUUUGGAUUUCGUGAACGCGUUGCAAGACUUAUCUCAAACACUAGAAGUUGCCGUUGAGGAGCAGCCUCAUAUAAGCGUUAAGGAGCAACAACCUGCGGCUGCUUUGUCGCCACCGUACGUGAGCAGUGCAACUCCACGUCCGCUUUCGCCAACGCUACAAACAAGGUUUGCAAAGUUUAUGUCCGCUGCUGCUUCAGGAGGUCGAGUGCUGGCGAUGAUCCUUAAGGAGAGCGAUGGCAACUCCCUAGAGUAUGAUUUUUUUGCAGAUAUUGUGGACCAGAGCAAAGAUUUGGUGAUAGGGGCUAUUGAUUUGUACAUGUUGGUGUUGAGGAUUAGGCUGAUCGUCGGGAAUGUUCUAUUACAUAGUGUUAACUCUGAUAACACUAUCAUCUGCGACACUGAUUUGUUCAUAUACUUGAACAAUGAGUGGGUGAAGAUAUGUAAUAAGUGGCGUGAACUACAAUCCACGCAUGAAGAGAGCCACGUUCAAUUUGGCGACGAAAGUUACCGCGAUUGGAGACCCAACGAGGAGUGGGUCAAUGCAAUUCGAGGUAUAGGCGUUCCGAACACUCAGAGAUCAUGGAUCAAUGCAACUCAGGUUAUUGUCCCUUGUCUCGUCGGUUCGCACUAUGUUGUAUGCCAAUUAGAUCUCCAUGAGGGGAUUUGCGAGUUAUACGACUCGCUUCAUUAUUGUCUUAACGAGGAUACUCGUGCAUACCGAGUUCAACAACUCUCUGGAAUACUUAAGCUGCUACCUCGUUUGUUGUUGUUUGGUGAAUGGUUCGCUUAUAGUCCGAUUCGAUCUCCCAAUUUUCAAAAUCGGAUGGAAUUUACUUUGAGGGUAGCUGAACCAAUGAUGCAGUUUAAUCAAGCAGACAAUGUCAGUUGUGGCGUAUUCUGUUGCAUGCAAGUAGAGCGGAUCAUUGCCGAUUCACCAUCCAUUGAAUGGGGUCAUGGCCACGUCACCGAGUAUAGGUGGAACAUUGCUGCUAGGAUAUUUGAUUUGUGCGAGACCCCAGAGCUAGAGCUAGAAGACUCACGGGUUUGUCCAGAUUUGUCCAACUGAGUAUUGGAAUU